CGUCAUUUUUUUUCUGGGUUCUUGCUCGUUUUCUCAUCCACUCAGAGGAUGGCAAGUCAGAACGCAGUCACCGACAUUGUGCUCGUCAACCAGAGCAAGCACGAGAGCUGCCCCAUCCGCUACAGAGAGAUCUCGCACACGUUCAAUGGACGCCACAGCGCCGCGCUCAAGGUCGGACGGUUUAUGCCAAGCACGGUCGUCGUCUGCUUUGCGCAGGAUCCGAUGGCAUCGGAAGUCGUCACGGACGUCUACAUCUUGGAGAGCGACACAGAGACGCCGCCGCCGGGAUUUGCAGUCAUCAACACGAGCGUCCGAGGUCAUCAUUUCGACUUCAAGCAUCGCCUGUGCGUCCGGAAGGCCCCGCGCGCAGGCUCUGCGCCGUUCAUUGAGGACCUGAAGAUGGCCAUAAUAGGGCACCAAGACCGCAUUCCGCAGUACUUUGUGCCCACCAACCGCCCGCUCGUCGACGACCUCGCCCUCAUCGUCCGAAAGCGGGACUCGACCGGCGCGCCGUUGCCAGACUCGCAGGGUCGUCUCACCCGUGACAACGAAUACCUCGAUGCGGACCACGCUUCUUUCCAGGCUCCACGGCGGGGUCACGCACCUCCACCGCCAGGACCACAAUCCAACCACUACGAACGUGAGCAGUCGACGGCCUCGCUCGCUGCCAUGCCAACUCAGUCCCUUGUGCCGCCCAGUUCACUUUCUAAUGCUCGCGCGUCAUCCACGGGUGCUUUGCCAGCACACAUGGGCGACAAUUACGAUAACGUGUAUACCAACGUGCCACCCAUAGUACCACCACGAACAAAGCGCAAUCAGCAAGCACACCACUCGUCCACCAAAACGGCGUAUAUCUGGCUUGAAGGCGUCCCAAUCGCUUCUCCGCCUGGGCAUCCAGCCCUUGGCAGUGACCGUGGAUCUCAGCCACAGCAAAACAAUCUUGUAUUGACAAUCGAGCCAACGCCGUACAUGGACAUGUCCAGAAAGUAUCCAUAUUCCUUCCAACUUGAGCAGCGGCUACUGGGCAAGACGGGCUGAUGACGAGAUGUUUGUUUAGUUUAGUUUAACUUGUGCCAUCCCAACCUAAUGCAAACUUGUUUUUGUGCUUCAGAC